UAUACUUCAUUCACUCUUUCAUCUGUCUGUUUAUUUUUGUCGGAUCCUGCGCUGUUCUAGAUACUUCCAGUUCGCGAAGUGCGAUCCGGCUGCUUCAGAUAUCACAGGACAGAAUGGAACAACCUGUGUCCCAAACAGAGUUCCCAGCAGCCAAUGGAAGACUUCAGGAACCGCUUCAGGACAGCCCUGAGUUAUCCACAGCUGCAAGCGGGAAUAAUAAGACUGCAAAUGGCAUCACAACGACCAAGAUAAAAGACAGAGUAACUGCGCAACCCCAGGAUGAUUGUUCAUCGGAGCACUCCCCCCUUCCUUUGACAAAGUCUUGCACUGAACAUGUACUUGUGGAAGACGGACAAGAUUUGUUUCCAACUCAGGAUGGGAGCGAAGAUCCUGAAGCCAAAGAAGUGGCUAUAGAAGAGACUAGAGAGUCACCAUUCCCAGCAGUGGAUGACUUGGGAGAUGGUGAGGGCAGUACAUGCACACCAUCCAAUGAGAAAAGCCAUUCUGUGCAAGGACAGGUGCUCAUAAAUGAUUUUCAGCCCUCACAAAACUCAAGCACAACAAAUCCAUAUGACACCGAGUGCAGCAAGAAGCUGAUGUCUGAAAUCCAGCGUUCAAUAUCGCAGGAGUCUUUGUUAGAUGAGAUUGAAUCUGAGCUGCUUUCGUGCCCGUUUACAGAUGAAGGUAGUUUACCCAAUGGGUUGAAAAAGGACCAACACUCUCUAAUUGUGUUUGAAAAAUGUGUGCAGGAUAAAUGUUCACAGCAAGAAAAGGCAAUAAAAAGGUUAUUGGAUGAAAACAAAAAGCAUCAGGAGCUUAUUUUAGCUAUCUGUUCGGAAAAAGAUAACAUGAAAGAAGAACUCAAGAAAAGGAUGGAGACUGAAAAACAGUAUAUAAGUAACAUUAAAAAGAUGGAGGCAAGAGUGGAGGAGCUGACAAAAGAACUGAAAGCUUCAAAAGACAAACUGGUUUUCCAAGAUAAUGCUGCCAAGAAUGCCAUUCAGCAGCUGCAAAGGGAGAUGGUCUUCAGGCUAGAUCAGGCCAACAAGAAGUGUGAGGAAGCGAGACAAGAGAAAGAGUCGAUGGUGAUGAAAUAUGUUCGGGGGGAGAAAGAAUCUCUGGACCUUCGCAAGGAGAAGGAAGUGCUGGAAAAAAAGCUCCGCGAGGCCAACAAGGAGGCAGAGAAACAAGCUAACAGAGUGAAGCAGCUCACGCAGGAGAAGGGAAGACUGCAGCAGCUCUAUGACACAAAGGAGGCAGAGGCUACCAGAUUUACACGUGAGAUUGAGAAACUCAAGGAGGAAGUCAAUUCCCAUAUAAUCAAAGUGAAAUGGGCCCAAAACAAGUUAAAGAGUGAAACUGAUGCACAUAAGGAAACCAAGGAUAGGCUCCGAGACACUACAAGCAAAUUGACUCAAGCCAAGGAAGAAGCAGAGCAGAUAAGAAAAAACUGCCAGGAAAUGAUCAAAACAUACCAGGAGUCAGAAGAAAUUAAAUCUAAUGAGCUGGAUGCGAAGCUUCGAGAAACCAAGGGUGAACUAGAGAAGCAAAGACAAGAAAAAACUGACCAGUUAGAGCUCCACCAAGCCAAAAUAAAAGAGCUUGAAGAUUUGAAGAGAACCUUUAAAGAGGGAAUGGAUGAACUACAUACACUGAGAACAAAGGUGAAAUGCCUAGAGGAUGAAAGGCUACGAACAGAAGAUGAGUUGUCAAAGUAUCGGGAGAUUAUCAACAGACAGAAAUCAGAAAUUCAGAAUCUGCUGGAGCGACUAAAAGUGGUCCAGAAACUGGAGGACCAGCAUCAGAAAGAUGAGCAGGACAUUCAAUCCCUGAAGGAGGAGGUGGAGACCCUGAACUCCUUGAUCACAGAUCUCCAAAGGGACAUCCAAGGCAGUCGAAAGAGAGAGUCAGAGCUGCUUGGCUUCACCGAGAAGCUGACCAGUAAAAAUGCCCAGCUGCAGUCCGAGAGCAACACACUGCAAACACACCUGGAUCAAUCGACGAAUAGAGUGAGGGAUCUGGAGAGCCAGAUAGAAGAGAAGGAGCGCAGCAAUGUUGACCUGACAGAGAGACUACAGAAGGAGGAACAGCUCAGACAGGAGGAAGUCCACACCCUUCAAAAUGAGAGAUCAUCCCUACAGAAAGAAACAGCAGAAUUGAAAACGCGCAUUGAAGAGCUAAAAGAUGACCUUGUUACGCAGAAGAGGAAGCAGACUGCAAAUAUUAAAGAUCUCACCAAACAGCUUUUACAGGCUCGGAAAAAACUGGAUCAAAUGGAAAAUGGCAACUAUGACAAAGAAGCCAGCAGCAUGGGGAGCAGGUCCAGCUCAUCAGGAUCCCUGAACGCUCGGAGCAGCAACGAAGACCGUUCGCCCGAGAACUCCGGCUCCUCGGCCGUCGUGGACAGCUUCCCCCAGGUGGACAAGGCCAUGCUCAUCGAGCGCAUUGUGCGUCUGCAGAAAGCCCACGCGCGCAAGAACGAGAAGAUUGAGUUCAUGGAAGACCACAUCAAGCAGCUGGUGGAGGAAAUUCGAAAAAAGACCAAAAUAAUCCAGAGCUAUGUUUUACGGGAGGAGUCUGGUGCUUUGUCGUCAGAAGCCUCCGAUUUUAAUAAAGCUCAUCUGAGCCGACGCGGAGGCAUUAUGGCAUCACUUUAUACCUCGCACCCAGCGGACAGUGGGCUCACCCUGGAGCUGUCAUUAGAAAUCAACAGAAAGCUACAAGCUAUCUUAGAAGACACACUACUCAAGAACAUCACACUGAAGGAAAACCUCCAGACCCUUGGGUCGGAGAUUGAACGGCUUAUCAAAACUCAGCAUGACCUGGAACAGAGGCUGAAGAAGAAAUAAGAGCGGCCAAGUCCUGCAGACCAUGGAAUGUAUUUGCUGGGGAAGAUCCUGGCCUUUGCAAACUGUUGUUUCCACUGAUCUCUGCUGUAUCAGAGAAAGCCUGUACUGUCAGGUUCAAGUGCCAUGAACCUAUGACAACACCAAUGCACACUACUUUGUAAAUAAGUGGAUGCAGUAUGUCUGGGGCUUAUCUUGUUUAAACAAGGAAUGAUCCUUAUCCUGGAUUUGGAUUUCAGAAUAAAAGUAACAGUGAAUGCAAGGGAUACAAGUCUACUGGGUAUAGAAUGGUCAUGGUUUGAAACUUUGUUUCCAUCUAUUUUGUAUAAGACAAAAAUCUGUGGUGUCCUAAAUGACGAAUAUUCAAAGCAUCGGAGUAGAAAGGCCUCAUCCAAAUAAUGCAUCUCUACUGCAAACUGAAAUUUAAUAUUCGAACACUAAUCUUAAUUUUAGUUCUUGUGAUACAAUGCAAAUAUGGAAGCUUCUAAUAGACUCCUUUUAAUUUGUGUUAGAUUUUUUUUUAUCUUCCACUGAUUGUUUACCAGCAGUAAAACUUAACUGUACAUAUUUACAACUUGCUUAUUACAAAGAGAAAGCUCUCUGAUUCACAAGAAAAAAAACAAAUCAAGGGAUCUGGUUUUGUACACAUGCAUACAUCUAGCCUUCUAGCCUCUUAUUCUUUUUCUGUACUGUUGCCAAUCCUGCACGUUUCUUUUUUACGGAGUAAUUUGGCAACUAAAUGUGAGCUCCAGUUUAUCAUUUCAGAUGAGAGAAUAUUCAGCCAAUAACAGAACACUCAUCUACCACAUUCUACACUGCAUGCCUGACUGAAAUGUUCAAGAUUUCUUACAACACUUCCAUACACCAGCUUACAAUCCAAAGCGGUUUUCAGUAUUUAAUAUGUAUAUGUAUUUAUUGUAUAAUAAUUACCGACAAAUGUACCCGAAUGGUGGGAAGGUUUAGAUAAUGAUAGGCACUCCAUCUUGGGAUAAACUGUAUUCCAAGAGGCAUUAAAAGCACAGUAAAUGAUUUGGUACCAAUAUGAAUUUGUUCUACUUUUAAUGCAUCUUAGAAUAUUUUUUGGUUUUAACUUUUUUUAAUUUAUCAGAAGACCCUUCAGCAUUUGUUUGCUUAUUCUUCAAAACAUUAAGAUGGCAAAACAGAGGCUUUAUACAAUAUUACCCCCGUUCUUUCUGAACUGUACAUUUCUUUUCUAUUUAUGGGUAAAUGUCUUAAACUCAUCUUCAGUUACUUUUUGUAGCACUGUUAGAGGAUUAUUUUACUUAUGUACUGUAAAAGGGUAUUGUUUUGGGCACUGUGUAUUGUGCUGAGGUAUAGUUAUGCGAGGUUAUACAACAUUCAUACAUUUUGUAGGGCGUUUAUUCCUUCACCAGAUCCGGUCUGGGAAACAAUUUAACAACUAAGUGCAAAUAUAUAUUCAAACAUACAUGGUUGCAUAUGUAUGAUAAAUUCAUGUAGAUUAAAUGUUGUAUACAGUAUAUCUCUAGAGCUUAUUAAACACUUUCAUGUAAUUAUUUUACAUUAUAGUAUAAAUGAUUAAUUCUGUACAUAACGGGGGUAAAAGUGCAAUCAUUUUUUUCCCCAUUACAUUUUCCUUGCAAUUUUAAUGGCUAUGAUUUAAAUGAUAAAUUCUAAAUGAAGUUUAAUAACCUUAAGGGUAAGAAGAAUUAAAAACAAAAAAACAGCUGACUCCGAUAUUUAGAAUGUAUGCAGAGUAGAGUGCAUUUUUUUUGCUCUUUUACACAAUGUCCUGUUCCCAACAUUUGUUGUCCCAGUUGUGCUAAGAGUAAUGAACUACCAAAAUACAAAUGCAUUACAGCAUUAUUUGUACAGUAUAGUGUAGAUUUGAGACGGGAAAACUACUUUUGACAUGCACCUAAACAACACUCUUGUACACUGGGGAAAAGAAACUUGCUUUGUUGGGAAUAUGCAUUCAGGCAUUAUGCAAAGAAUGAAACAGAACUCAGAUUCAAAGAACCUAGAAAUCUACUUCAUAUGUGAUCACUUAAUAGAAAGGAUUAUUUUAUUGAUGUAUCUGAAAUACCAAAUCAGUGAACCUCACUCUGCUUCCAUAUUAUUUUGCACUAAAUAAUACUCUACUAAUGUAUGAAACUGUGAAGGAGAAAAGUUUCAUCUUAUCUGUCAGCAGCACCAAUGAAUGAAUGCAUGCAAAAAUAAUGUACUUUGGACACUGGAUUAAGAAGUGGAGAAAGUUGUGGCUUUUCAUUUCGUCUGAGAGGUUAUUCUCUUAGCUGGUGAGCAGACUCCUUUCCAAAGUGCAUUCUACUCUUCUUUUUUUAAAACUUUUGGACAGUUAUUUGUGCUUUGCAUUGCAAAUUGCACAUAGUCAUGCAAGGCUUUGACUUACUGUAUGAUGGAAAAAUAAGGCUGAAGUUCAAGUGUUGUUUAUUUCAGGUGUGUGCCUGAUAUUGUUCAUGAUGUCAUCUGUGAUGAAGGCUCAAUGAGUGUUAAUUGGCUGGGCAGCCAUAGAAAUCAAAAUAUAAAUACUCUGUAAAGUUUGUUGUUUUCGGUCUGAUGGAGAAGGAGGGGAGAAAACCUGAACCUUUUCACCUCAGGUUAUGCUGGAGCUUUUCAAACUGAAACAACUUGUGUUAGGAAGGGAAAACUUCCUGAUUCCUAUUCAAAAUUGUAAAAUCUUAAGUUCUGGUCAGUUGAAUUUUGUUUAAAAGAAAAAAAUUAAAAUAUUUUGCGUGUAUUAUUUUAGUUCAUUUAAAUAUUUAAUUGUGAUUAUGAAUUUGUAGAUAAAAGUUUGUGUAUAAAUGGCCAAACAUUUUUAAGGAGAUAUGAUUCUAUGAAAUGUACUGUAUAUAUGGCUUUUUCAGUGAAUAAAUACUGUAUGUAAAACCAAUGUUUUUGUUUUUGAUUAGAAGCAUACUGUAUAUACUGUAAUAUGGGACUAGUCACUACUAUGAUCUCAAAUGAAUUUAGUUUAUGUACAGGACAAUUUUAUGACAUUUCAUUAGAGUAGCAAGACUGAUUUUGAAUAUUUGGUGCUAAUGCAAUUUUAUAGCCAAUAAA